CUUUAAAUAAAUCUCAAGUGGACACCUCAAUGAUUUUUGGAAACUGGCUUCCUCCCAUUCCAACCUUCUUUUAGCAAAAAAGUAGAAGGAAAAAGGAAGGGGUGAGAGAGAUGAAGCCUAAAGCAAUCAUAGUGGGAGGAAGCAUAGCAGGUUUAUCAUGUGCGCAUACCCUCAUCUUAGCAGGCUGGGAGGUUGCGGUGAUUGAGAAAUCUAGCUCACCCCCAAGCGGCAGCCCAACCGGCGCCGGCCUAGCCCUUGACCCCCAGUCUCAACUCUUCAUCUCUUCAUGGCUCCAUCACCCUCACCUCCUCCAUCAAGCCACCUCCCCACUCUCUUUUGAUCAGAACCAAGCAACACAUCCCCAAAACAAGGCUACACGGACACUUGCAAGAGACGAGGACUUCAAUUUCAGAGCAGCAUAUUGGCCCCAUCUCCAUUCUCUUCUACACAACCCAUUACCACCGCAUAUCUUCUUCUGGGGUCAUCUUUUCCUCUCUUUCACCCUCUCCCCGGAUAAACUCUCUGUCAAAGUUAACCUUAGAGUUUGUAAAACUCAAGAAAUCAUCCAGAUGGAAGCAAAUUUACUGGUCGCGGCAGAUGGAUGCCUAUCUUCCAUCCGUCUGGCUUUCCUUCCUCACCUCAAACUAAGGUAUUCGGGUUAUUGUGCGUGGAGAGGUGUUUUUUAUUACUCCGGGAAUGAGGAUUCGGAAACUAUUCAAGACAUCAGGAGAAGGUAUCCUGAUCUGGGCAAAUGUUUAUACUUCGACAUGGGGUUUAAAACCCACAGUGUACUUUAUGAGAUUCCUAACAAAAAACUCAAUUGGAUUUGGUACAUCAAUCAACCUGAGCCUCAACUUAAGGGAACUUCAGUGACAAUGAAAGUGAGUAAUGAUAUGAUCAACAAGAUGCACCAAGAAGCAGACAAGAUUUGGGCUCCAGAAUUCUCAAAACUCAUCAAGGAAACAAGAGAUCCUUUCAUCAAUGUUAUAUACGACUGUGAUCCUCUGCAAAGGAUAUUCUGGGACAAUGUGGUGUUAGUUGGGGACGCUGCUCACCCCACAACUCCUCACGGAGUCAGAAGCACAAACAUGUCAAUUCUAGAUGCUGCUGUUCUGGGCAAAUGCCUUCACAAAUGGGGACCCCAAAACUUGGCCUUGGCUCUAGAAGAGUAUCAGUCUAUUCGAUUGCCAGUCACUUCAAAACAAGUCCUGCAUUCCCGGCAUCUAGGUAGAAUUAAACAAGGCUUAUCACUUCCUGAUCAAGAGCCCUUUGAUCUGCAGACAGCAGAUCUCGAUUAUUGUCAACAGCUUCUGCAGAGGAACAUGCCUUUCUUUUCUAAUGCUACUUUGUCAAUUCACUGACAUCAGGCUUCUUUGACUGGUAAUAAAGAUAAAAGCACUUUGUCCAUAAUGACAACACCAUAGAAUCACAAACUCUAUUGUCUAUUCAGAAUCACUCCUAUAAUGUAAAACCCAUGCUUCCAGUUUAUAACAAUACAACUCUUGAGUGUUUAUGAUCA